AGGAGGCGGGAGGAGGACGUCCUGCCUGGCACCGCUUUAAAAUCGACGUGAUGACGUAGGGGGACGUACGCGUGCUGUCAGUUGGCGCCGAACAGAUGCAGUCAGAGAGCUCCAGUUCUCCCAGCGUUCUGCUGGUGGAGGCGUUUUAUGGCGGAUCUCACAAACAGCUGAUUGACCUGCUGAAAGAAAACAUCGACGGCUGCUCUGUCUUCACGCUGCCCGCCAAGAAAUGGCACUGGAGGGCGAGGACGGCAGCGCUGUACUUCAGCCAGACCAUCCCCACCUGUCCCUCAUACAGAGUCCUGUUCAGCAGCUCGGUCCUGAACCUGUGUGAGCUGGUGGCUCUUAGACCAGAUCUGGCACGUCUGAAGAAGGUCCUGUACUUCCACGAGAACCAGCUGGUGUAUCCAGUCCGCAAAGACCAGGACAGAGACUUCCAGUACGGAUACAACCAGGUCCUCUCAUGCCUUGUGGCGGACGUGGUGGUGUUUAACUCUCGCUUCAACAUGGACUCCUUCCUGUCCUCCAUCUCCUCCUUCAUGAAGAAGAUCCCAGACCACCGACCCACAGACCUGGACCGGCUGAUCCGACCUAAGUGCAUGGUCCUGAACUACCCAGUCCAGUUCCCCGACGUUAACAGGAUGCUGCCUAAACACAAACUCCUCCGCUGGCAGGUCAAACAGCAGCAGAUCAGUCCUGAUGAAGCUCAGACUCAACGGUCUGAUGAUCAGCAAGAUCCACAUCAGUCCAUGUCUGAACCCAUGUCAGAGCAGAAACCUGAUCCUGAGGUGGACUCUGAAGACCAGGAGAAACCUCUGCACAUCGUCUGGCCCCACAGAUGGGAACAUGAUAAGAACCCAGAGCUGUUCUUCUCCACUCUGCUCAGACUGAAGGACAGAGGACUGGACUUCCAUGUGUCGGUGCUCGGAGAGACGUUCACUGACGUCCCAGAGAUCUUCUCGGAGGCCAGACAUCAGCUGGACCCUCACAUCCUGAACUGGGGUUUCCAGUCCAGUAAAGAGGAUUACCUCAGAAUCCUGUGUCAGGCCGACGUCGUCGUCUCCACCGCCAAACACGAGUUCUUCGGAGUCGCCAUGUUGGAGGCCGUUCACUGUGGCUGUUUUCCUCUCUGUCCGAAGGCUUUAGUUUAUCCUGAGAUCUUCCCAGCAGAGUACCUGUACUCCACACCCGAGCAGCUGUGUAAACGACUGCAGGGACUCUGCAGGAGGCCCGACAUCGCACGCAGACACAUCGUCAAGGUCGACACCACCUCCUUCUCCUGGACCCGUCUGAAGGAUCACUUUGAGGCUCUGCUGGCAGAUAGAGGUCCCUGAAUGCACCACGGACCAAGGCACUGAGACUCGAGUCCAUUAGCGUUGGACGGUUUGGAGGUUUGGAGCUUUGGAGGGUUCGGAGGCAGCUGCAGCGUCUGCCAGGCCGUCGUCAUGCCUGACUCCACGCCACGUCCCGCAGAACGCCACAGAGACGUCCAGGCCGAGCGUCUCGGGCACCUCUGAGCCCCGAAUCAAAGCCCGGCUGCCGGGCUGGAGACGCCGAGUCUGGACCUGUAAAUGUCCCCGUCUCUUUUAUGUGUGUGGUUUGGGAGGAGGAGGGGGGUUAACGUGUAAAAGCUUUCAUGUUUCCACAGGCGGUGCCACCUCAUAUAUCCGCCUGGAUCCAUUUUUAUCCUUUGUUGUGUUUCUGUUCUUCACCACACCGACUGAGCGGCGGCCAGGAGCCGGUCGGAGCCGGCUGCUCCACCUGAGCCGCGCCAGGUUCAGGUCUGGAUCCAAUUAUCAGAGCCGAGUGGAUCUACAGACCGAGGCGACAUCAUCCUCUGACGACAACAAGUCCUUCAGCCCUUCACUGGGCUUUAAUGUGGGUCAAAUAUUUACAUCGAUCAAUACAGAACAGUCUGAUUCUACGGAAGCUCAUUCAUGACAAAGAUGAACUAUCACACAUGGGUCAUGGGCAGUGAAAAUGACGACAUUAAAUCAGAUUACUUAUGAAAGUCCAUGUUUGCCAAGAAAAGAUGAAAAAGCUUGCAUGCUUUGCACUCCCCCAAAAACAAAAAAAUAUUAGAUUAGAUUAGACUAAACAAGAUUAAAUUAGAUUAAAUUAAAAGUGGAAGUCCAGUUAUGACAAGAAUUGACGAAAAGUUAUUCUGGAAAAAACCAAAGCAAAACUCAUGGUGAGUAAAAAAUAGAUUGCACAUUACACUAAACUAGAUUAGAUUAAAUUAAAUUUAUGGAAGUCUAUUCAUGCCAAGAAAAGAUAAAACAGAUGAAAACAUUUUUUAACUUUUUAAUAAAAAAAAGUUUUUGUGAAUUCAUUCAUGCACUCAACUUUUCUUUAAUUCUCUGGAAUACAUUGAGGGUAGCUCCUCGUUUUUAAUGAUGCUAAGAUUACAUUAGGCAAAAACAACAAACAACAAACAAAACCCAUAUAAAUAAGAUAAAGGACAAAGUACUGAUAAGGUUCAAUUAAGAUCUUUUCAAUAGUGAUAUCAGUUAAAACAGAAUUCAUGAUUAACUAAUAAAAAUAAAAUCUAAAAAUAAAUUCUGUUAAUUUAAGAGUAAGACCUGUAUGGUUGCACAUUCCCGCUCAAAAAAUGAAAAAAAUAAAUUUAAAAAUGAAGCAGCUAAAAAUAAAAAGUCAUGUUUCAAGUCAAAAUUACACAAUAAUGAAAAUUAGUAGCAACUCAGUCAAGUAAUUAAUAAUUAAAACAUUAUAUUGAGGUAUUAGGUAAAAAAAAAUAUCAAGUUAAAAAUAGAGAUAAUAGUAACAUAAAUAAAACAUUAUGAAAGAAGUCAAAAAAAAACUGAGGUACUGAUUAAACAGGUAACUGUCAGAUAAUUUUAAAUAAAUAACUAAAGAAUUAUGUUAUAGAAAGUCAAACAAUUGGUCAUUUCCACCAAGAAAAUAAAAAACAUAUUGACUUAUGCUUGAUUUUUAAAAAAUGAUUCAUGGUUAAAAAUUAUUAACAUUAAAAAAGAGUUGUAAACAAGUUCAAAUAUUAAAAAAAAAAAAAUUGAGACAAUAAGUAUAUAAACUGAAAAAGUAAAAAUGUGAUACAUUUGAUACACUAAAAAGUAGAAAAAUAUAAAAUAUUUUCUGUUUAAAAACAAAAUACAAAGACAAACGUCACAGAUUAGUAAAAGUGUACAACGGGACUUUUGAAGAACAGAAACCUGAACUUAUUCUGAAAUAUAUAUUUAUAUUUUAUCCAUUAGUUGAUUAAACUUUCUUGUUUUUACUCUAUAAUGUCUCUGAUUUCUGAAGGUGGGAGUAAAAUAAACAGGUAAAAUGUACUUUCAUUGACUAAUUAGCAUAGUAAGAUGAGACGGUGGUUCAGGUCACGAUCCGAUGACAUAAUAAACCUCCAGAACAACACGCUGCUAAUAAAGUUUUUACUGCAGAGCUCAUAAAACACAGAGGCAUUAAAGCUUUUCAUUGGCCUGUUACUACACGUGUUUACUGGGCUGUGAUGCCUUCAGGUGCUGUAAACGUCAGGGAUCUUCGAGCGUCCAGCGGGCGGUGGUGUGAGGACGGUCGGAGGAGUCGUUGGAGCGUGCUCGGUCUCUGUCGGUGGUGGUGUGAGAUUCUCAGCUGCUGUCUCUGUGGAUCUGCUCUCUCAUGCGUCGCUGCAGUGAGAGUCACUCUCUGCUGUAAUUAAAGCGUUUUAUCCUCUGGCCUCAGGUCAGAUAUAAAGACACGCCGGUUUGUUUCCUCGUGUGAAACGUUGCUCUGUAGCUGCAGGAGCUGAAUCAGUAAACUGAGGCCUGGAGCUGCGACCUGCUCGCUCUGCUCAGCUUCAAACACACAAAGACAAAAACUCCAAAACUCAAGGCCUGGAAUUCACUGACUCAAACAAGCCUGGAAUUUGCAUUGAGGAGAAAGAGGUGUUUGUCCAGACUGUAAGGCCACCCCACUCCUCCUAUAGGACACUCAGACUGCAAGAGACCUGGUAGUCAUUUCGUGUCCCUUUAUGGUUGUCUCAUGUCUCUGUGUCAUUGUCUCAUGUCUCUGUGUCAUUGUCUCAUGUCUCUUUGUAGUUGUUUUGUAUCUUUUGUAAACUUUUACAAGACACAUUGCUCCUUUAUUGCCUGUAUUUUUUUAAUUAUAUAUUUUAUUAACUGUCCCAUUAAACGUGUGUGAACAAAUGAACAAACAUCCAUCA